UUGUCAAAAACUUUCUCUACUCCAAACACAAAACUCACUCACUGUCGAAAUGAACAAAUACCUUAGUCUUAUAAUAUUCACCGUAUUCUGGGCCCUGUUCGCCAUCAUUGGGUGCAUCGUCGCCAUUCGCUUCAAGGAGCGCUCGAUCAUACGAUGCUGCGUUCUGCUGACGGCCGCCUGCUGCUGGAUCGUUUGGCUCGUCACCUUCGUAAUGCAAAUGAAUCCCCUGGUCGGCCCGCGCAUGCACCAACCCGUUUUAAUGGCAAUGAUGUCCUAUUGGAAGAGAUCCUAUAUGCACGACAAGCCUGACCCCUAG